CCUUUUACAUACCUUUCCCAACCAACCUAAAAGCCUCAUAAAACUUUAUUUUAUUUUACUUUGCCCUCGGUAUCCUCAAUUCAUACGAUCUGCUAGGCAAAGAAUGCUUGCCCGACUGGGAACAAAUCCCACACCGAUAAACAGUGGUUGCUUGACGUCAAAUUGCCAAGAAGACCACGCUCUUCAACUGUAUAGCCAUUAACCGGAUCAACGCCGUUCAUUCAAUGAUCGCUGAUCAAUGUCGGCCAUCAUCGGGAUCCAUGAUGUUGUUGUCGACGACUUAUACUCUCAGGCCAAGGAAAAGGCUGCCAACAAAGGCUUCUACAGUAGCCGUUGGGCACCUCUAAUGCGCCGAGGUCGCCAGCUGCUUGCCGCAGCUAAAGUGAAGCUUGUAUUGGGCCUUUUUAUCCUAUGCGUCACCGUUUUUAUGACUUCCAGGAUUAGCUCUUUUAUGGGCUGGAUCCCUGAUGAACCUUCUGCCGUCUUUUCUCCUUCUAAGGGAGGCUAUGCAGUGCUUAUCAACAGCUGGAAGGGAAAUUCUCUUCUAACGCAAUCGGUCGCUCAUUACGCGUCGUGUGCUGGCACCGAUGCAAUCCAUGUGGCGUGGAGUCAGACUGAUCCCCCAUCGGAGAACUUGAAAGCCUAUCUCAAAAGGGUUGUGUUUUCGAAGUCGCAAACAGCCCUCAAACCCAGUUUCAAAUUCGAUAUUAACAAGGAGAAUUAUUUAAACUAUAGGUUUAAACCCAUUGAUGACCUUAGAACCGCGAUUUUCUCGGUUGAUGAUGAUGUGAUCGUUCCUUGUUCCUUUCUGGAUUUCGCUUUUUCUGUGUGGCAGAGUGCUCCUUCUACUAUGGUGGGAUUCGUACCCCGUAUGCAUUGGCUGGAUGGCCAGAAGAAUGGUGUCCCAUAUCACAAAUAUGGAGGAUGGUGGUCAGUUUGGUGGAUGGGUGCUUAUAGUAUGGUUCUCUCAAAAGCUGCAUUCUUUCACAAGAAGUACUUGGACUUGCAUACACACAUGAUGCCCCCAUCAAUACAAGAUUAUGUAGCCAGGGAAAGGAACUGUGAAGAUAUUGCAAUGUCUUUGCUCAUUGCCAAUGCUACAGGUGCUCCUCCAAUUUGGGUGAAAGGAAAGAUACAUGAGAUUGCAUCAUCAGGCAUAAGUAGUCUUAAAGGGCAUAGUGACAGGAGAAAUAAAUGCCUGAAUGACAUAAUUUCCCUAUAUGGGACUGUGCCUCUUGUUUCAAGCAAUGUAAAAGCUGUAGAUGCAAGACAAGAAUGGUUCUGGUAGUUGUGACCUUGGAAUUAUUUGGAGCCAUUAGCCAACCGAAUAGUUAUGCUUUCAGAUUCACCUCCUUGUUGCAAUCAAGUUCUGCAUUAUGCUUAUUCUACUUGUAUAUUUGUACAGGGGACCAUGUUUAAAUGAUUGUGAUGUUAACUGAUAUUUUUCUGAGUCA